AGAAUAAUUUCUAAACACUUUGACACUGAAGACUGGACAAAUGAAUGCUGAUAAUUCAGCUUUGCCAUCACAGGAAUAAAGUACAUUAAAAUAUAUUACAAUUGUAAUAAUAUUUCACUUUGACUAUUUUGAUUAAAUAAAUGCAGCCUUUGUUAGUAGCUUCUAUCAAGACCAUCAAAAAAAACUUUACCAAACUUUUGAACAGUAUACAUAUAUUUUGUGUGUAUAAAGCAUACAUACAUACAUAUAUAUAUAUAUAUAUAUAUAUAUAUAUAACAAUAUCAAUAAAUAUUUAUAUAUAAAUGUAACUGAUUUACCCAGCUAACAAUUUGGGUUCUUAGAAUGUUUUAAGGAAUGUUAGUUUAUGGUUAUUUAAAAAUUAAACUCGAAGAGUACAAUCCUAAAACACUCCUUAUAGAACAAUCCCAUGGAACAAAACUAUACAACAACAUCAGGGGAACAAUAACAGUAGGCUAUGUGAUUUCUUGGUUAUCAUUCAUUAAUACAUUUUUAAGCAUAAAUAUCGAUAUACUGAAACAGGCACGUUUUAUUCAGGUUUGAUUAAACUAAGAGUCUCAUGCUGAGCACAAGUGCAGUCACACCAGUCUACGGUAUUUAUUACAGAACACUCAUUGUUCUUGAGCUGAGUCCAUCAGCCUUCAGGCUUUCUAUAAAGAAUAGAGCAGCCAUGGCAACAGCCGCUAACUGAGUGUAACAGCCAUUUCCAAACAUGCCACUGUGCUGCAAGAAUGUAAAAUAAUCAGCAGCUACUAAACUGCUCAGGAAUCAAAUUCAUGGGAUGAAAACGUGCCAUGCUUGAGUCUCAACAGUAACUCAAAGAUGACCACUCAUGAGAAGACAAUCAGCAAGCAACAGAGACCAUCUCUAAGAAACCCAUUUGGUCAUAGACGUAGAACAGAUAUACUGCUCCUCAAAAACGGUCAAAUUGCAUCGAAACACCCACGAUCCUUUCCAAUGCUGGGAGAACUUCCUUCUUUGGCUGGGUUACUGCUCUACCCCGGUAAGCGGGAAAAGAUGGUAACCACAACCGAAACUGAAUUUGGACCCAAAACCUGCCAAAAGGUAGAGCCAAAGAAGAUCCUACAGUGCAGCCUAACUCUAGAUGGGGACAGGAGUUUCAACACAACAAAUAGAGAGGAUUACCCUUAUUACAAACCAGAUGGCACUCCGAUUGUGUGGCAUGGAAGAAUCCCCGCAAGAGAAAACAGGACUGGCCAAGCACAGAGAUGUUCUCUUUACCAGCAGGACUUCCCAGCUCCAAAAAGAAUCUAUGUCAGGAGAAAUCAGGUCGUACCUCACCCUGACAACCUGGCGAUCAACACUUCAAUGAGAGCUGAAUACAAAACAGUGCAGAAAGAGGCUUUUCCAGGCUGGGAUGUGUCUGUGCACGCGCGUCCACCGCCUGCCCGUCUCAAAAGAACAGCUGUAGCUGACAGUUGAAGGCCAGAGAAAACCCUCAAAGUGCAUUUAUAAAAUGCAUAAAUAACACAAAAAAAGAUUCUUUAAAUCAAGCAUUUGUGUUAUUGCUUGUUAUCUUUCUCCUGUACUACAUGACAUUUAAUAUCUUUAGAAACUCAAAGAAAAUGUAUUUCUGUUUAAUUUUUCAUUUGAUUAUUAUACAGUAAUGUUCAAAAGUUUGGGGUCAGUAAUAUAUAUAUAUAUAUUUUAAUUACAACUUUAUUCUCCAAGAAUGCAUUACACUGAUCAGAAGUGAUAGUAAAGGCAUUUAUAAUGUUUUCCAAAACAUCUAUUUGAAAUAAAUACUGUUAACUUAAGACUUUCUAGUCAUCAGAAAAUCCUUACAUAUGUAUGCAUGUUUGUGUGUGUAUAUAUAUAUAUAAUGUCAACAUUUGAAGUGGAUCAAAACCUUUCAUCAAAGUUUCCACAUAAAUAUUAAGCAGCACAACUGUUUUCAGCAUUGGUAAUAAUAAUAAAAAAUGUUUC